GAAAUAAUUUUAUUAGAAAUUGACACAACACAUAUCCUUUGAAGAAAGUAAAAGAGCCAAAAAGAAAAGGGAAAGUUGGUUGAGCUACGACGUUAUAAGACAUACUUACAGAUCAUGGUAAAUUCUCGUCGCCACCAAAGUUCGAGAGAAACCCUUUUUUAACCACUUGUGUCUUCUGUUAUGUUAUUAUUAUUAUUAUCAAGAUCUUCUCCAAGUUUCGGUAAGAUAGCUACUGAUUGUGUUGGAUCGCAAAGGGUGGAGAACGAGAAAGAAAGAUAAUCACGAAAUGAUGUCAACAACGUCUCAAACUAAUGUUAACCAAAGCUUGUUUGAAGAGCAGGAUCAGAUCUCUACGCAGAUGGGGUUCAUUCCUUUCCCACCUAACCAAACCUUCCCUCCUUUGGGUUGUCAUCAAUCUUUGAAACCCAUCGGUGCAAUAGUUCCUUCACUUUCAUCUGAAACUGCUUCUUCUGCUGCAAAUUUUGCUGAAACCCUACUCUCAACUGCUAUUCAAAGACCACGAGAAGAUCUCACUUCAAGUUUUGGUGGAGGAGAAGGCCAACUCCUUUCCUUGAACAGAUCGAGGGUGAAUUCAUGGUCUCAUGAAUCUAGGGCAUGGGAAGAAGUAACCGAUUGCUUGAUGGGUAAAAGAAUUGGAGGAGAUGAUAAUCAUCAUCAUCUAGGGGUUUCUUCCAUGAAGAUGAAGAAAGUCAAGGCAAGGAGAAAGGUGAGGGAGCCAAGGUUUUGCUUCAAGACUAUGAGCGAUGUGGAUGUGUUGGAUGAUGGCUACAAGUGGAGGAAGUACGGACAGAAAGUGGUAAAGAACACACAGCACCCAAGAAGCUACUAUCGUUGCACCCAAGAUAACUGUCGAGUAAAGAAACGCGUGGAGCGGUUGGCAGAGGAUCCAAGGAUGGUGAUAACCACAUAUGAAGGGAGACAUGCGCACUCACCAUCAAAUGAACUUGAAGACUCGCAAUCUCCUUCUGAACUUAGUAACUUCUUCUGGUAGUGUAAACCAACAUAAUAAUGUUUACAUAUGUAUAUUUUUAUCGUAGCAAGAGAUCCAUGAAGACGGAUUAAUAAGUAGAGAGGAAUGAGUAAAAAUUGACAGUGUAUCUAGGAAAUGAUGCAUGCAUGCUUUGAUUCAUUGUCAAUUUUCACUCGUUUCCAUCCACUCCCAUGCCAUUUUCUCCCUUUACUAUGCUUUUUAGUUUUACACCAUUGUCAUGCUCAAAAACAAUUAAGAGUAUGUACUUCACAGUCCUGGUGGUGUUUCAUAAAAACUCCAACCCAAAACCAGUAAUAUAUUUGUAAGUACUGGGCUUCAGAAUUUGACUUUUCCACAUUAAUAGUAGGCUAAUCAUAUUUUUAGUC